AUGGAACGGGAGGCGUCGACGUGGGGCCUCGAACCCCGGGAUGUGCAAAGUCCUGACGAAGUGGGGCCCGAAGGGUUCCUCAAAGGCAACAUGCGUGAGAAUGAGGAAGAGGAAAUUUCUCAGCAAGAAAGCACUGGGGACUAUGAGGUCGAAGAGAUACCUUUUGGGCUUGAACCCCAGAGCCCUGGGUUUGAGUCACAAAGUCCAGAGUUUGAACCCCAGAGCCCCAGGUUUGAAAGCCCAGGUUUUGAGCCCCCAAGCCCUGGGUUUGUGCCCCCAAGCCCCGAAUUUGCACCCAGAACCCCUGAUUCAGAUUCUGAGAGCCCUGAGUUUGAACCACAAAGCCCUACUGGGUAUGAGCCCCAAAGCCCUGGGUGUGAACCCCGGAGCCCUGGGUAUGAGUCCCGGAGCCCCGAGUUCAAAACCCAAAGCCCCGAAUUUGAAGCUCAAACUUCCAAAUUCCAGGAAGGUGCAGAGAUGCUUCUCAAUCCCGAGGAGAAGGAUCCCUUGAGCGUCCCCCUGGGAGACCAUCCCUUGGACUCCUUCACACAGGGGUUUGGGGAGCAGCCCGCAGCAGACCUUCCCCUGGGGCCACCUUUUGAGAUGCCCACAGGGGCCCUGCUGACUACACCCCAGUUUGAGAUGCUCCAGAAUCCUCUGGGCCUGACAGGAACCCUGAGGGGUUCGGGCCGGCGGGGUGGCCGGGCCAGGGGUGGACAGGGCCCUCGGCCCAACAUCUGUGGCAUCUGUGGGAAGAGCUUCGGCCGGGGCUCCACCCUGAUCCAGCACCAGCGAAUCCACACGGGUGAAAAGCCCUAUAAAUGUGAGGUCUGCAGCAAGGCCUUCUCUCAGAGCUCCGACCUCAUCAAGCACCAGCGCACCCACACGGGGGAGCGGCCCUACAAGUGUCCCCGCUGCGGCAAGGCCUUCGCCGACAGCUCUUACCUGCUUCGCCACCAGCGCACUCACUCUGGUCAGAAGCCCUACAAGUGCCCUCACUGCGGCAAGGCCUUCGGAGACAGCUCCUACCUCCUGCGGCACCAGCGCACGCACAGCCACGAGCGGCCCUACAGCUGCCCCGAGUGUGGCAAGUGCUACAGCCAGAACUCCUCCCUGCGCAGUCACCAGAGGGUGCACACCGGGCAAAGGCCCUUCAGCUGUGGCAUCUGCGGCAAGAGCUUCUCCCAGCGCUCGGCACUUAUCCCCCACGCCCGCAGCCACGCCCGCGAGAAGCCUUUCAAGUGCCCCGAGUGCGGCAAGCGCUUCGGCCAGAGCUCCGUGCUGGCCAUCCACGCCCGCACCCACCUGCCCGGCCGCACCUACAGCUGCCCCGAUUGCGGGAAGACCUUCAACCGCUCCUCCACGCUGAUUCAGCACCAGCGCUCCCACACCGGCGAGCGGCCCUACCGGUGUGCGGUGUGCGGCAAGGGCUUCUGCCGCUCCUCCACGCUGCUGCAGCACCACCGCGUCCACAGCGGGGAGCGGCCCUACAAGUGCGAUGACUGUGGAAAGGCCUUCUCGCAGAGCUCCGACCUCAUCCGCCACCAGCGGACCCACGCCGCUGGCCGUCGCUGA